AUGAUUCAAUUUAAUUGUGAUGGUUCACUUUCAACAACUACAACAUGGACAAUAAAGAAUUGUACUUCAACUAGAUGUUCAUUUGAAAUUGUAUUAAAUGAAAAAGUUAUGACAACAUAUAGUGAACUUUAUAUUCCAUCAAGAACACUUGCUUAUGGUGUUUAUCAGCUAACAUUAACUGUAACAAUGAUUGAUUCACCAAAUUUAAAAUCAUCAUCUUCAGUUUAUGUGAGAAUCACUGCAACAGGUAUAACAGCAAAUCUUGUUCAAUUAGGAACAUCUAUGAUAACACGAGGUGAUCAACAGGAUCUUUUACUUGAUCCUGGAACAUUUUCAGUUGAUCCUGACGAAGAUACAUUUGAUGCAACUAAAUGGAAAUAUACGUAUUAUUGUCGAAUUUAUGAUUUAUAUAAUUUCCCAAAUAUACAAGGAGUAUUAUUAUCAAUUGAUGAUUCAAGAAUUGAUCCUUAUAAUCCAUCAUGUUUAUCCAGUCGAUCAGGAAAUGGAACAGGAUUGAUAUUCGGAAAUUUAGCAUCAUCACCUAAUUCAUCUCUAACAGUUCUCGGUGGUUCACUUCAAUUAAAUCAAAUCUAUCAAUUUAUGGUUUAUAUGGAAAAUCGUAAGAAUUCUUCUAUUCAAGCAACAGGUUAUGUACUUGUUACAAUUGAAGUUACUCAUCCACAAUUGAUUGCUGUUGGUUGUGUAAUAUCACCAAUGUGUGUUCCAAAUCUUGAAUUUCAACUUCUUAAUCCAACAACACAAGUUGCUCUAUUUACUGUGUGUAUUGGAACCUGUACAAAUCUUGAAAGUAUCAAAUGGAAUAUUUAUCAAGGAUUCGACAAUUCAACAUCUUCAAAUUCUACUCAAUGGACUUUAUUUAAUAAUACGAUUCUAUAUGAAAAUAUUUGGUUUUUUGGUACAAAUACAAGUAAUUUCACAGCAACAGAUCAAUUAUUUCUUAAUAAUCUUCAAAUAAGUCUUUGGCGUUUUGAAGUUGUUUAUACAUUUCUAUCUGCAAUAAGUACAAGUGCAUUGAAUUUUAUUAUUAAUCAACCGCCUGCAAAUGGUUCGUGUUCAAUCAAUCCUCUUAGUGGUACUAUAACUACUUUAUUUACUAUUGAGUGUCCAGAUUGGUAUGAUGUGGAUGGAAUAAAAGAUUAUUCGUUAUAUACGUGGACCACAGACAUAUCACAACGAACAAUAAUUGCAUUUUCACCAGAAGAUAAUUUUCAAGUUCGAUUACCAGCUGGUGAUAAUGGAACUUCAUUACUUAAUCUUGUUGUUUAUGUUCGAGAUCUUCUGAAUUCUGUUACACAAGUGAAUAUAUCUUCUGUUAAUGUUAUUGCAGAUAUGGCAAUAAUCAAUGAUUUAAUUGAUAAAAUAACAAAUUCAUCGAGUACAAUAACAAAUAAUGCAAUUGUUCGAUUACUUUCAAGUGGAAAUCAAAAUGUUGUUGGACAAAUGAUCAUUUCAUUAUCACAGGAACUCAAUCAAAUGAGUAGUGAAAAUUUAGAUAAAGCCAUAUCAAAUGGAAUACCAGCUGUAGAUAUUUCAGUAUCAUUAUUAGGAAGUCAAAGUUUGCAACAAAUUUCAAUACCAUUGAAUGAAUCAGCUUUGAUUAAUUAUAAUACAGAAUUAAACUCUCUGGCAAAUGUUCGAGAUUAUCUAGUAACAUUUAUAACUAAUCUUCUCAUAACAACAUCAAAUAGUAUUAUAUUACAAUCAUCAUCAUUAGUUCAAUUAACUCAAUCAACAAAUCAAUUAACACGAAAUACUUUAAUGCUUGUAUCAAAUAGAUGCUAUGAAUUAUCUGCUGCUCUAUAUGCAAUGUUUGAAAAAAUCUCAUAUGAAGAUGCUCAAUCAGCAUCAAAUCAACUUUUUCAAUGUACUUCAAAUAUUUUAAACGCCGUGAAUCCACCAUUACAAGGACGAACAGAGGUACUUGAUUUAGAUAAUUCUCGUGCAAAUGCCAUAUCUUCUGAUUAUGAUACUGAUCUUGAAUCUGCAUGGUCAAAUUUAAAUUUAUUUUCUGAUGGAAAUGAUUUUUCUACUAAAACAAUUGAAAAAAAUCGAAAUAUUUAUUAUCAAAAACAAUUAGCAAAUCAAAUCAAUAGUCAAGUAACAAAAAUCAUAUCAUUAUUAACUUCUUCAUUAAAUAUUCAUUUGAAUAUUGGUCAAAGUUCACUAAUGAAUACAUCUCAAUCAUUUGUAUCAUUAGAAACUAUAUCUAUUCAAUCACUCAAGGAUAGACUUGUGAAACAAGUUGAAAAUGCUCAGUUUAGUAUUCCAUCAGAUUUUAUUUUAAACACAACGUCUAAUUCUUCAAUUUCACUUCGAUCCAAAAUAGAUCUACUUGCUUCAUAUGGAAAUUUUCAAAAUACAAAUCUUUCAAGAUCAGUUUCACUUUCAAUUAUCGAUCAAAAUGGAAAUGAAAUUUCGUUUAAAGCCAAUGAAAAUAAUUCAAUAAAAUUAAUAAUUCCUCGUGAUCCAAAUGUAUUAAUUCCAUCAAUGUAUUUACAAAAUGUUACAUCAAUUAAUUCAACUAUUAAUAAUCUAUUAUUCAAUUAUCAUUAUAUUAAUAUAACAAGUUCUCUCCCGAUUUCAGUUCAUUUUGAAAUUCAUUCUUUAAAUAGAAGUCUUGCUUAUUUAUUUAUUUAUAAAUUUGAUCAAACACCACAAUUAAAUAGUUCAAUUAAUCUCAUUGAUGGAUGGACAAUGUUUUGUCCCUUCAAUUUAACCAAUGAUGAUAUAUAUCGAUAUUUUAUUGAUAAUCAACAAACACCUGGUCAUCAAUCGUUAAUAUUUGGAAUAAGAGAAUUAAAUUCAACUGAAAUGAAUAAUUAUUGUUUAAAUAAUUCUUCAAUAAAUACGUCUUUACCAAUUACCGAUGAAUCAUUUAAUUUUACAUCGAAUUAUGAACUUCGUAUAUAUACAUCAGGUUGUUAUUAUCUUGAUGAAAAUAAUAAUUGGAAAUCAGAUGGAUUAAUUGUUGGAUCAUCGACAAACCAUUAUGAAACAGAAUGUCUCUCAACUCAUCUGACAACAUUUGCUGGUGGUUUUAUUGUUUUACCUGCACCAAUUAAUUGGAGUUAUGUUUUUGCAAAUGCUGAUUUUAUGAAAAAUAAAACAGUUUAUUUAACAAUGAUAUUUACUUCAAUAAUUUAUAUUAUUUUAAUGAUUUAUGCAUGUUUUAAAGAUAAGAAAGAUUUUGAAAAAUUGGGAGUUACACCAUUACCUGAUAAUAAUAAAUCUGAUCAUUAUUAUUAUCAAAUUCUUGUUUUUACUGGUCAAAGAACAAAUGCUGGAACAGAUUCAAAAGUUUAUUUUGUUUUAUCGGGUGAAAAUAAUCAAACACAAAUUCGAUUAUUUUCUGAUCCUCAUCGAAAGAUUUUUCAACGUGGUGGAAUUAAUUCUUUUAUUAUUGCUGUUCCAAAAUCAUUGGGAUUAUUAAAUUAUAUUCGUAUUUGGCAUGAUAAUACAGGUGAAGGUUCUUCAGCAUCAUGGUUUUUAAAAUAUAUUAUUGUUCGAGAUUUACAAACUUUGGAUAAGUUUUAUUUUAUUUCUCAACAAUGGUUUGCAGUUGAAAAAGAUGAUGGACGAAUCGAACGAAUUUUACCAAUUGCUAGUGAAGAAGAAAUGCAAGAAUUUUCAUAUGUAUUAUCAAAAAAAGCUUAUCAUAGUGUAUCCGAUGGUCAUCUAUGGUUUUCAAUAUUUUCUCGUCCACCAUCAAACAAAUUUACGCGUGUUCAGCGAUGUACUUGUUGUUUUGUUUUAUUCUUUACUUCAAUGUUAAUCAAUAUAAUGUAUUAUGAUUUAUCAAAUGAAGCGAACGCAUCAAGUGAAACACAUAGUGGUGCUUUAUCAAUUGGUCCUUUUUCUAUAGCACCGAAACAGAUUGGAAUUGGUAUAAUGGUCGAAUUAUUUACAUUAAUUCCAAGUCUCUUAAUUGUUCAAUUCUUUCGACGUAUUCGACCUCGUCGACAAAUUGCACUGAUACGUGAAGCAUUAUAUAAGAUACAACCAUCUCGAAAAAUUAGUUCGGAAGAUAUCCCUGCAAUUAAGAAAAAGAAAUCUAUAAUAACAUUUCCUUGGUGGUGUUUAUUUAUUGCUUAUGGUCUUUCAAUGAUAAUUAUUGCUGUUUCAAUAUUUUUUAUCAUUGUUCGAGGAAUUGAAUUUGGUGAUGUCAAAACUCAACAAUGGUUAACAUCUGUUCUUACUGGUUUUUUCUCAUCAGUUAUUUUCACUCAACCUAUUAAAAUUAUAUGUUUGGCCAUAUUCUUUAUAUGCUUUUGUCGAAAUUCAAAAGAUGAUAAAGAAACAAGUGAAUAUAUAAAUGAAGAUGAUGAAUUUAAUAUAUCUAAUGAUGAAGAGUAUCUUCAUUCACUUGAGUAUCGCUCAAUAUUUUCUUCUCAAUCUCGAAAAAGUAUUAAUCGUCUUAAUGAAAAUGAAAUUGCUUCUGCUCGUGAUCAACGUUUAAAAGAAAUUCAAAUGUGGGCAAUUAUUCAAGAAUUUAUUAUUUAUUUUAUAUUUGCCAUAUUAGUUUUCAUAAUAACUUAUUCAAGUCGUGAACAACAUACUUUUUCUCAAAUCAAUACAAUCGAUGAAUAUUGGUACUGGUUAGAAAAUAGUUUUGUUUCAAAUAUUCGUGCACAACAAUGGUAUAAUGGAGAUACUCCACAAUAUUUAAAUGGAUUUUUGAACGAUAAAUCUAGUCGAUUGAUUGGUUGGGCAACAAUGAGACAAUUACGUAUUAAAUCAGAAUUAUGUCCCGAUCAACGUAUUAUUUCAAUAUGUGAAGAUAGUUAUAGUUUUUUUAAUGAAGAAACACAACUAUUUCAACCAGGAUGGAAAAAUGAAACAAUAGAAGAUGAAGCCUAUAGUUCAUCGAUUCUAAAAGCAUUCAACUAUUCUACGAGUGAUGAAUUAGAUACAUAUUCGUAUGUAGGUGAAUUUGGAACAUAUAGAGGUGGUGGUUAUGUCUAUGAAUUUCGUGGUCGAUUAUCUGAUAUGAAAACAAAUUUAUCUGCACUUCAUCGAUUAGAUUGGAUUGAUGAGAAAACAAGAGCUGUUUUUAUUCAACUAACAUUAUAUAAUCCAAGUGUUCAAUUAUUAACUGCAGUUACUUUACUUGCUGAAUUUUUACCAACAGGUGGUGUUUAUACAACAGCUCAUUUCGAACCAAUUAAUUUUUACACAUUUACAUCAAUAUUACAAUUAGUUUGUACAAUUUUCUAUAUAUUUUUUAUUAUUUAUUUUAUGAUUAUUGAAAUUCGAUUAUUACUUGAAUUAAGAUUAAAAUAUUUUCAUCAAUUUUGGUCAAUGAUUCAAUUGGGUAUUAUUGGUUGUUCAUUGGGAAGUAUUGGAGUUUAUUUUUGGCGUUUUCAAAAAACGAAUCGUAUAAGUCAAUUAUUUGAACAAACCAACGGAUAUGUUUAUAUAAAUUUACAACUUGCAGUUUAUGUUAAUGAUAUUUUAACAUUUCUUCUUGGUUAUUGUUGUUUUUUUAGUACGAUUAAAUUUAUUGAAUUAUUUCGUUUUAAUCGACGAAUAUCUUUGCUCGCCGAAACAUUAAAAUCUUGUGCAAAGGAACUGAUUUCAUUUUUAAUAAUGUUUGCAAUUGUAUUUAUGGCAUUUCUUAAUUUAUUUUAUUUAUUAUUUGUAUCAAAACUUUCGUUAUGUUCAAGUUUAUUAAAUACUGCUCAAAUGCUUUUUAAAAUGACAUUAAUCAAAUGUGAUUCAUCAGAAAUAACUGAAGCUGAUGCUUUUCUUGGCCCCUUCUGUUUUACUUUAUUUAUAUUUCUAGUUAAUUUUUUUUGUUUCAAUAUGUUUCUUUCAAUAAUUAAUAAUGGCUUUCAUCAUGCGAAAGAGAAUCAAAAAGAAGAUCAAAUUAUGUUAUCAUUUAUGUUAAAGAAAUUUUUACGAUGGACAGGUCUGAAAAAAUUAAAUCAAUCAGAAAUUCAAGAAGAACGAGAUUGUCGAAUGCGUUCACAAUAUUUUGAUCCAAUUCAAAAUUUUCCCGACAGAAUCGAUCAGCUAUUAGAAGCAUUUGAUAAAAUUUAUGUCGAUCAACAGGCAGAAUUAUUAAAACUAAAAAAAGCUGGAGUCUGA